GAACGCACCCUACAAAGAACAGACUGUUUGCGAUCUACCUCUACUGCUACUUUAUUCAUGUCUUCCCCGGUUCCGGUGCUUUGAUAUGUUUAAAUUUCUCAUGUACAACAAACAUUUGCUUGGACUUUGCAUUUUCGAGUAAAAUGAAUCGCACAGCAGUAAGUGAGUCGAGGACCGAUCGUUUGUUGAUGCUUACACCGCGUACACCGCGAACGCGAGAACGUCAACGAUUCGAUUUAACUGCUCUAUUGGGAGAGGAAGAGGAAAUUGACAUUUCGGGAUUGAGCGAUCUGAUAGGUCAAACGUGGAACAUAUAUGCUACAUCUGCUCUGUUUGGUUUUCAACGUGAUGACGUCUCCUUGAAACUGUAUUCAAAGAAAUUAAGAGAAGAAAUCGCAAGACACUUGUCUCAUGAAGAUUUAACUUACGAUGCAAACUUUUCUAUUGUGGAAAACAUUAUACCCAGGUCUAAUCAUGAAAAUUACUCAGCGAUUAAGAUACAAGUUACGGCCAAAAGUAGUGGUAAUGAGGAAGCAAAAUUAAUUUACAAAGGGAUAUUGUUAUCUUGGAGAAUGGCGCAGCAUAUUGAGCCGGAUUUGAAGAACUCCACAAGGUUACCUCUUCUGUUGUGUCGUGGCACAUGUAGUUGUAUGAAUGCUGUACACAAUGUUAUUAAUCAUAUGUUUGACUGUUUGGUAAUGGCAUUACCAGUCAAUGAGGAUGAUCUAAACUGGCUUAUACCGAUUAUAAUCAUAUCAGUUAACAAGGACGAGCAACCUACGGUCUCUGGUGAAAUACAUAUGGAAUAUACAGUACCGGAAUUGCCAGCUACAGAUACCAUUAGAGUCAAAUUUGAUGCUUCAGAGCUGAGGAAAAUAUUAACAAACAUUAUAGACCAGAAUAAUAUUACAGUUAACACAAUUCUUGACCGUAAACACGUAGAACUAUUUCACGAAGUUCUGCGUAUGCAAAUGUUAACAAUAGGAGGAUUACAUUUGGGAUUAUGCACAUUGCACAGGAUCAACUUACCUGGUAUAACAAUAACAGGGAACAGAAUGAAGAUAAUGAAUGUAGAUAUUGCGAAUCGUAUAUUGUUGUAUUUGUACGAAAAAGCUUACGAUACGUUUCAUAUGAUACACAUAAACGUAUAAAUAUCUAGCAUUUAUUUUAUCGUUCCGUGACACAAGACAUAUAAAUAUAUUUAAAUUCACCCCAAUUAUGUCAUUGUAUUCUUCCACAAACAAUGCAAACAAGCAAGUUAAUAAAAAAAAUGUAUAUAUUGAGAAAUCAUAGUCAAUUUAUUUAUUGUACAAUAGUACAAAAAUUUACAUAAUUUCGAAAAAGCCUUACAUUCUACUACGCCCACGUCGUUACACACACGCACACGCACACAUAUGCACGAAAGAGAUGUUAAUCCUGUACAAUUUUCUCAUAUUUUUGAAAAAUGUGUACGAAUAAAAAAAAUAAAAUAAUUGUACAAAAAUUGUUUAAUUGGAUCAUGAUUACUAAAAUCUUAUUUUUCGAAUUAUAUGUCAAUAUAAACCAUUUUCAUUUACACUUAGUGAAAAUUCACCAACUGAUAUUUUCGUGGAUCGUAUGCGAAGAAUUGUUUGUUUAAUGUCUGUGCGCCUAAGGCGUGUGUAGCCUGCUUAAUGCGCAGUUCACUCGCCGCGUUUAGCAGAACGUUUAUUUUGCAACUGUUUUCUGCGCCAAGAUUGGAUUAUUCCUUUAGACCUAGAGGAAUAAUCCAAUCAACAGUUGUAAAAUAAAUUCUGCUGAAUGCGGCCGCUGAUAAGCGGUCCACCAAGAUGACCGUUCAAAAUAGUUUAAGCGUAUUUUGCAGUACGGUUCGCAUAAAUCUUUAUACACUAAGAAUG